CCAAAGAACUGUUUCAGUGGGUGGACGCCAUUUUACAGAUCACGAUGAGUGCCCGGUGCUGUUGUCCUUUCCGACUGAACGAGCUGUUUGCCGGUGGCAAAUUGGAACGCAUCUGUUUAAUAAUUUGCAACUGUUGGUCGAGAUUGUUUUCACUGCUGACCGGUGGCAAAUUGCGGCCACGUCAACGUUUCAUUUACCUUCUCGCCAUUUGGGUGUGUCUCUGCUAUGGCCUUUUACACAUUUGGAUUAGCCAGGAAAGGAAUGCUGGUAUUUUUCAACCUAACCAGCAGCACAUUAUCGCCAAGCAAACUAGAGUCGAGAUCAAAGAGCGGCAAACAUCAAAGGACAAAAAUGACAUGGAAUCCUUCAUUCAGGGAUUAGCUCAUAACGUGCCUUACGAGUACUGGAUGCACGAAAAGGCUAAGAAUUCCAGCAGCAAAAAUAAACCCAAACCGAAAUGCGCAAUUUUUCCGAGCGUUUUCGACCUCCGAUUCAAUAACAAUUAUUGGCAAACGCUGCGGUCGUCGAAUGGAACCUUCUACUUGUACGGGGCUUAUUACGACAAUCGCAAGAUUAUCCAGCAGCCGGUUGUUCGAAUUCUCGGAAUGAUUGACCGGCUCGAGCCAACCGUGAAAUCGAAUUGCCUGUUUUGGUACGACAUAGCUAAAGAUCCUUUGGUCAUGCCAGUCGUCGAGUACAAGUACGUCUGGAACAAGAAAUGGGGUAAUUACAAACAAGGACUCCUUCAACCGUAUCUGAUGACCUGUAACUUGCCAAAUCCAGCUGAUCUCGUCGACAAGGGUUUCAAGCUUGAUCAAAUUCCAGUCUCGGUUUCGUUGACGGAAAAAGGAUGCGAGCCGCCAACUAACAAUUUGCUCAUCAACAAUAAAGUGCCGGCCGAAAAGAAACGAUUCGCCGUCUGCGUCAAAGGUCUCGACUUUCUGCAGGUGGACUUGAGCGUCCGUCUGGUCGAGUGGAUCGAAUUGCUGGGAUUACUUGGAGCCGAGAAAAUUUUCCUGUACGAACUGGAAGUCCAUCCGAACGCAUCGAAAGUUUUGCAACAUUACCAGGAGACUGGUCAAGUUGAAUUGAGGCCCAUUUCGCUACCGGGCGAUCAGCCCAAUCUUCCCGGAUUGCGUCACUUGUAUCUCAAGUCGAAAAUUAUCAACAAGCGCCAGAACGAGCUGAUCCCCUACAACGACUGUCUCUACCGCAAUCUCUACAGCUACGAUUACAUCGCUCUGCUGGACACGGACGAAGUGAUUAUGCCAAGGGAAGUGUCGACAUGGAAGGAGCUGAUGGAAAGAGUCCUGGCCGAAGUUCCGUCCAAUAAAUCUCCGUCGUCGUACAAUUUCCGCAACGUUUACUUCUGGGAUGACGCCGAGCAUUCGCAUACGUGGUAUCACGACAUUCCUCGUCACAUGCACAUGCUGCAGCAUGUUUACCGCAGUUACAAUUACACAAAGCCCAGAGCGUUCGUCAAGUGUUUUCACGACGUCCAAAGAGUGAUGACGCUGCACAAUCAUUUCCCGUUUGCGUGUUUGGGCGGUGGCUGCACUUCGCACGGGGUUGAGCCCGAAACGGCUCAUUUGCAACAUUACCGAGGUGACUGUCAGACGAAGAAGAACUGCGACGUGGAUUUCAAGCAAUUUCUGGUCAAAGACACAACAAUCUGGCGCUAUAAAGAAGAUCUGAUUUCUCGGGUCGAUGCAGUGCUCAAGAAACUUGGAUUCCUUAACGAGGAUGAUGACGGUUACAGGUGAUCUAAUGCGAACGGAUUCAUAUUAGAAGUUAUCUCGAUUCCUAAAUUAAGACAAUAAAUGUUACGAUUAUUUGUUAGAUGGAGUGAUCAAUAAAAUAUGGUUU